AUGGAUCAUUUCUGCCCCUGGGUUGGUGGGGUGGUGGGGGAGAAUUCGAUGAAGUUCUUUAUCCAAUUCGUUGGGUACACGAGUCUUUUGACGGCCUACGUGAUGAUCGUACUGGCUUAUUUUAUUGCAACGGAGGAAAAGGAUGCGCAGUGGUGCGUAGCUCUCGGCCUUUCUGCAUUCUUCCUCAUGUUCACUCUGGGCAUGUUUCUCAACAGCCUAUAUCUGGCGGCACAAAACGUCACCACUGUGGAACACUUGAACAUCGGUGGAAGUCGAACGACUUAUAUCGCCGUUGUCCUCCCCCCUGAGCUACAAGCGGACCCGAUUACACUUCCUCCGCCAGCUCGACGAUCAUCCCCUCACUCCGACGCUGACAGCCAACAACCGCUCCAAUCCGAGCUCGACGAUCCCGCUCAUCAAAGCUACUUCCAGCAGUCUAAGAAGCCGCCCCGGCUAUCCUCCGCGCCAUCUUCACCAUCAUCACAGCCUCCAAGCUCCAAGCACUGGAAAGGAACCAUUUCUUUUCCCCUCAAUCUCCCCACCGACCGACCGCCCCUCCCCGCGCCGACCCCAAGAACCUUCGCCAUCCUCGAACUCCCCGCCCGUAUGAACCCCUGGGACCUCAAAAGUCCAUGGGCGAACCUCUCCGAAGUCUUCGGCUCCACGCCCGAUGAAUGGUUCCUGCCUAUCAAGCGCAGCCCCUGCUGCGAUCAUACCUCCAUGAUCGCGGAAUACCCGCUCGGUCCCGAUUUCGAGACAUUGCUGCAAGAGGUCGGCCUCGUGCGCGAUGCCAUUCCACAUAAUACCUCUUCCAGGCACUCGCAAGCCCCGCCUAUCGGCGGCUCCUUUAGUAAAGAUGCCCAUACGCAGAGCAGCGUCGGUGACCGCAAGCGCAAGAGAGUUCUGGAUGCCGGAUGGCAGAAUGGCGAGAGACCGGAUGGGUGGAUGUUGGAGAAGGAGGCUCGGCGAGCGAGAAAACAGGAUCGGAGGCGAGAGGCGUUGGGUUAA